AGCCAGUGAUACGUGAAUUCUGUAAAGGUGUAUUCCGGUAUUCCGAGCCGCCGUAACGCGGGGGUCGGCCGUAUUUCGAUGUGCCCAUGAAGUGUCACGGCAUCGGCACUUGAUGUCUGCCCGGAUACGGUGGGCCGAAUGCCAUGUUACCGUGCUGUAUGCCUAUCAGUUAGAAUAUGCUAUUUUUCUUGGAGGUAAGUAUUGAAAAUCUAAAGGAGAAGAAGAAUCCCAAGUCCUAAAUCGCGCACAACAGCCAAAAGCUGAACGAGUCCUCCUGCUUCAUGUGGGAGGUCACUCCUCGCCAGCCUGGGCUCAUCUUGACUCCUUUCCUGAUACUCCUCGGUUGGUCCGCGUUCUCGCCAAGGGCGCUCUCCGCUGCGGGCGGCCCGCUGGUCGGCAGAUACGGGCAGCGACGGAAGCUGACGGACAGAAGAAAAAAUACAUCGCGGAGUGUUCCUCCUGUUAGUAGAGAAUGGCAACUCGACGAAUAUUAAAGGCUGUUCUAAUAGACCUCAGUGGAACACUGCACAUUGAAGAUUCAGCUGUAUCUGGUGCCCAGGAGGCACUGCAGAAGUUGCGCAGUUCUCCUGUAGCUGUGAAGUUCGUGACUAACACCACUAAGGAAUGUAAACGAACUCUGUUUGAACGACUGCAGAAACUCAACUUUGACAUCCAUGAGGAUGAGAUCUUCACGUCUUUGACUGCUGCCAGGAACCUUGUAGAGCAGAAACAGGUCAGACCUUUACUAUUGGUAGACGACAGUGCACUUGAAGAUUUUGAAGGAGUAGACACAAGUGAUCCUAAUGCUGUGGUUGUUGGAUUAGCUCCUCAACACUUUAACUAUGACACAAUGAACAAGGCAUUCAGGUUAAUUUUAGAUGGUGCCCCUCUAAUUGCCAUACACAAAGCAAGAUACUACAAGAAAGUAGAUGGAUUAUCUCUUGGACCAGGACCUUUUAUCACUGGGCUGGAAUAUGCAACAGAUGUCAAGGCCACAGUAGUAGGAAAACCAGAGAAACAGUUCUUCCUCGAAGCUCUCCGAAGCAUUGGAUGUCGACCAGAGGAGGCAGUUAUGAUUGGUGACGAUGUUAGGGAUGAUGUUGGUGGAGCACAGAGUGCUGGAAUGUUGGGCAUUUUGGUAAAAACCGGCAAAUAUCGAAUUGGAGAUGAAGGCAAAACAACCCCUGCUCCUUAUCUGACGUGUGAUGCUUUCCCACAAGCUGUUGACCACAUACUGUACAACAUGCUCUAAAAAUCCUUGAAACCUUAAAGAUCACCAGUAUCCAUUGGAGGGCAAAUGAGAAGGUUGUAUAUAUUUUUUGUCCCUCGAUAGGCUGUUGUCAAAUGAUGGAACGUCAGUGGUAUUGGGAUGAAAUUUUCCUCAGCAUUAUUUAAAACAAAGUAGGGCUGGGUCAACCAGGAAUCCAGAGAGCCAUACAGUGGGAUGUUUUUUCCUACAUCCUUGAAAAUAUCAAGAAGUAAUUGUUAAGAAAACCUCGUCCUCCAAGAAGCUUUGGAAUGUGUAGCUAUUAUGAAGCCAUAAUACACAGAAACAGGCCCAUGAGCCCACCAUGCCCAUGCUCACCAUUCAGUUCUCAUCAAUAGUAAUCCCAUUUAUUUGUGUUCGGUCCAUAAUUGACAAUUCAAGUACUAGAUGUUACUAAAAUAUUCUGGUGUUCUUGUAACUAACUGCAGCCCUUGUUUGCGCUAUGUCAUAGAAGAUGAUUCUCUACUGCCUCCUAUGUUUUCCAGUGACUUCCCUGGUACGCCCUUUCCUCAUGAAAUAUAUAGUACACGUUGUUGCAGUUGAAGAGCCCCAUAGCAGACCUAAACAUUCUGCCUACCUCAUCCUUAGAAUAGGAGGACUAAAUUUUGUUGAUCUUUUUAUGUUGUUUUUAAUCAUGUCAUAUCUCCACAUCCCUUCUACUGACACCAACCAAAACUGCAAAGCUUUACAUUAAACUGCUUUGAGUUGAGGCAAAAUAAUUUGGUAAUACAACCCGGGAUUCCAUUCUCUUUAUUGUGAAUUUACAUUUUUUGGACAUAGUUACACAUUAGGUUCUUUUCAACCUAAACACUUACUUUUCCACAAUAGGAGAAAAAUUUCUCAUUCCAAGUACGAUGUAAUUAGGGCCAACCAGGUCUUAAAAAUAUUUCACUGGAUAUUCAUUCAUGCCCUGUUUUUUAAUGCCAAUUUUUAUAACAUAUAAGAGACAAAUAUUGCCAUAUUUAUGUCUUCCAGUUUGACUCCCAAUAUGCAAAACCUUGCAUUUGUGUCUUCAUUUGCUAAUCAAUGUAAUCAGUACAUGCUCUUGAUUCUGUACCUUGUCUGGUGUCAUUUACAAAUUAAACAUUUGCAU